AUGGCGACAAAUGGCAGCAUGCCAUCCUUGGCAAGCUCUGUAAAGUACAUGCUGCUUGCAAGCGCACUAUACGAGCCUUUGCGCAAUGCGUUGCACAAUCUGGGAACAAAUGUCGGAGGAGUGGGAGGCGUGGGAGGCCUCUGCAACAUGGGCAACCCUGAUGACUGCGAGAGUCUUGCGGGUCGCACUGGAAACUACUGCUUCCAAGCUGGUCUGUGGUCAGGUUUGACCGGCUUCGCCCUCGUGGUUUUGCUGGUGUGGACUAGUCCCAUUUUCUUGGGGGCGCUGCAGAAAUCUGUAUCCACAGCGAAGCCUGUAGCUUCUGAAGACCGAGGACGUGACAGUGGUGAUGAACCAGGCGCAGAACCAAGCCCAGAACCAGAGACAGCAUCGAUUGAGCUCGACGGGGUUCUGAUGAUUUGGUCGGGUUUGUCGUGUCUCUGGUUCGGCAUGCCCUUGGCCUACAUGUUGGCGGACCCAUUCUAUCGCAGCAGCGCCCUCCACUUUGUCUUAGCUGUUGCUCUCGCAGCUGCGUUUCCGCUCAGCUGGCAUCUUUCCCUACUUGCCCUGCCUCCCUGCAAGCCUUUAGGCCCUUGGCUUGGACUGAAGAGGCAAGACUUGUUGAACCUCCACAAGGCCUUGGGCUGGAGGGCCGCAGGCUGGGGUGCCAUCCAUGCCUUGGGGGAGCUCAUCUACGUCGUAAGCCAACAAGGCUUUUUGUCGAUGUUCCAGUUGGCUGGAGAGAAAGGCGAGAAUCUGCUGUAUCUGAUGGGGCUGGUCACGGCACUCCUGCUGCUUGUGCACACGUUGGUCGCUUACCUGCGCAGACAGGCAUUCAUCCGCAGGACUUUCAAAGCCACCCACCGGACAACUGCCAGCUUCCUCCUCCUCAGUGCCACUGUACACUGGUGGCCCUUCGCGCUCUUCCUCCUCCCUGCUGCAGCUGCCUAUGGCACUUCGGCUGGCCUAGGUGUGGCCUCGCAAUUUGGUCGCCAGGUCUCCGAAGCUCGGAACAGCUUCGCGCUGGCGGCCGCGGUCCUUGGGGCCUUUGCCGGCCUCUGCGUAGUUUGGAAGGUGCGAGAGUCUGUAAUGCUUGCCGAAGGUGUUGGGCUACUGAUUCCCUUCGUCUUCCCGCCUUUAGCGCUGCUGGCGGAGUUCGCAGUUGCAACGGCAGUGUGCCUUCCCAUCCUAGUCACCGGCCCCGUGCUGCACUCCGAGCCUCUUCUGGGAUAA